GGGAAGGAGAAACUACUACUCCCAGAGUGCAACGGAGAAGGAAAUGGACGCUGGGGGUCUUAGUGCUGAUUUCCUUUGCACCGCGGCCGUUUUUCGGAAGAACGAUUUGCGCAGAAGUACCUCUCCCGAGAAACGCCUAGGCGAUUACAGGGCGAAGAAGUGGGUUUGCACGGCGAGUUGGCGCGCGCAGUGAGCUGAACGUAGUGCAGAGAAGGCCCCAUUUUUAAAGCACAACGAGCAGCGGGGCUUCCUGAAAAAUAACACGGAUGCUUGAUCGAGGCGUCCUUGGGGAGGGAGGAGCGGUUCACGUUGCCAUGCAGCGUGAAAUGAUGCCUUCACCGUUGUCACUAAAUCGAUCAUCUGCCUCCAGGAUCUUCUUAUAUUGCUUCUCUUGAAUUUUGUGUGGUUACCGCUUCAACAUGAACCACGGUGAACAACUGAUCACCUUCACUCGUGCCCGGGAAGAGUCAGAUCUCUGGAGAGAUGGACACAUUCAGAAAAAGAACAAAGGUUCUUGUACCACCAGCCAGGAGGAAGGGAAUGCAGCUGGUGAAGCAGCACGUAACUUUUAUGAGAGCCUGGCACUUACAAGUAGUCCUAAAAGAGUGUUACGGAGGAAACCAAGGGUAGUUAAUGGACUCCAUUGGCCAGCGCAGGUGUCUCCUCACACCCCAAGCUGCCCAGGACAGACCGACACCCGCAAAGGCAACCAGCUCUUGAAAGCUGCUCAGGAUGGCAACUUGAAGUCUCUCCAAAUGCUUGUGGAGAAGGAAGGGUGUGAUGUGAAUUAUAGAGAUGGCUUUUAUUGGACAGCCAUCAUGUGUGCAGCCUAUGCUGGACAAGGGGAGGCAGUGCGUUAUCUUUUGAGACGCGAGGCUGCUUGGGUGGGGGUUUGUGAAUCACAAGGCCGGGAUGCUAUGGAUCUGGCUGAAGAAGCAGGACAUGAAGAGGUGGUCAGCAUCCUUCGGGAGAGUGAAAGGCCUCGAGUGAAAAAUGAAUCCUCUAGUUUACAGUCACCGACUGAGAGAAAAUACUGCGAAGUGUGCCAGGCACACUAUACUGAGGACACCGUGGCUCUCCACGAGCGUUCCACUGCCCACCUUUUCAAUCGGCGUGAUCCAUUACCCUCCACCCAGUACUGCAUCCCCGAGAAUAACGUGGGCUUCCAACUGAUGGUCAAAGGGGGCUGGGAUAAAGAAGCUGGAUUGGGGCCAAAAGGUGCUGGUCGCAAAUUCCCUAUUCAGACUGUCCUCAAGAGAGAUCAAAAGGGCCUGGGCUUCUGCAGUAACCUUAAACCCAAGGUUACCCACUUCAAAGCCAAUGACUGUCGUGCUGUAGAGCAACCUGUGGAGCGACAACCUAGGAAAGAACGAGCAGCAACAGUGGGAAAACGGGAGGCCCGCCGGAGAGACGCCAAGGCUGCAGCUUGGGAACGCAACCUCCGUACUUACAUGAACUUUGAUCUUUGAACUGUUUUGGACAGUUGAUGAUCAUGAUGAUGGCAUAUCCAACUAUGAAUGGAACAUCAUAAUAAAGCAUAGUUUAUUUAAUCAUGGUUUAUUGAAUAUAUUAAAAUUGGCUCUGUGUAACACUCUCAGCCGCUUUGUGAUUGUGACCAGCCAGAGUCCUUGUUCUCUUUUCAGUCUAAUCAGUAGCAGAGAACAGUGUGGAACAGAAACUACUGGCACUUUCUGUGCAUCCCUGACUUUAUACAACUUAAUUUAUACUUCACAUGACUUGACUUAAAAAUAAAUCAAUAAGAAAUAGGGUUGGAGCCCUAGGGAAGUCUGAAACAACGAUCCCUAAAUGAGAGGGUGGGGGUGGAAAGAAGGAAGACAGAAAGAAGAGCUUGCAUGGCCCAUCCAACUGCUCAGUAACAAAUUUUUCACCUGCUGUGAUGGAAUGGCAUGGGACUGGAAGGGGGGUAAAGAACGUGAUCUCAUCUCCAGAGCAAUGCGCUGGAAAUAAGAGGCAAAAGCUGACGCACCCCUAACAUUCUAGGAGAUAGUGAAUUCCUGUUCCUGGGAACUAGCCGGCAGUCUGAGAAGAUUCUAUAAACAAGCACUAGCUAAUAAACCUUGCUGAUUGAACCUGCACGGUCUCCAGGAGUUCCUUGGGCUAAGCCUGACACCUGCCAGGAUUCCAGAUAGAACAGUCACUCACGCCCUUGUUAUCUCCCAGAUAGACUACUGCAAUGCGCUCUACAUGGGGCUACCCUU